UUCACCGAGUAGAAAUAAACCGGUUUGUUUGGUUUGUUUUGUAAACAGUAUUUUCUAUCAGCUGCGCUGCGGCAAAAAAGUAGAGGAAAGCAUGGCAGGUAAAGGUAGAGGAGUAGCAGCUUUUACAUUCAACAUAGAGGCAUUGGGAAUCGCCAGAGGAUCCAUGCCUGAGACCCAGCGUGGUCCACAGCCCUUGUUUCCUCAAAUGGAGUUUAAACCAGUGCCUGUAAAGGCUGGUGAGGAUGAAGACUACAUGUUAGCUUUGAAACAAGAGAUUAGGGGGAGAAUGAAAGGCCUACCUUUCAACAUAAAGCCAUGCUCAGGCAAAAGUGAUGUAGAACGGUAUAAAGAAAAAUAUGUAAGGGAAUGCCAGAAAAUUGAGGAUGAAGAAUGGACACCAGACUGGAACCGUCUUCCAAAGGAACUAAUGCCCCAGAAGAAGAAAAUAAGAAAGAAAGCUGAUCCUAAGAAACCCAGAAAGGUUUCAAGCAAAGAUCAGGAGGCUUUGCUGUCUAAACUAGAUGAGCUUGAGAAGAAGGGUGAUAAGUCGGACGAUGAGAAUGAAAAGGAAGGGAAAAAGGCUGAUCCUGAUGAGGAAGAAGUUGAAGGGGAAGAAUAUGAUGAAGAAGAGCUUGAAGAGGAGAAUGAUUACAUCGAUAACUACUUUGAAGAUGGUGAUGAUUACGGAGCAGGCAGCGAUGACAAUAUGGAUGAAGCCACAUAUUAAUUUAUGAUCAGAGAAGAUACUGGGAUUCAUAGGAGAAAGGGAACUUGUAAAAAUAUUACUGGAGUAGCACAUGAUAAUUUAACUAUUAAAAACAUCCUAUAUCUGUGUGUUCUUACCU